CAACGCGCUCCUUAUCUUAAUCGGUGAAGACACUUUCUUCACGCCAUGCUCCCCGUCUUACACGCAGGAUCCCAAAUUCUGACUUCGUGAGCGCGGCACAUCACUGAUUGCUUGCUGACGUUGCUCUGUUGUUGUGGGGACCAAGCGAAUGGGAAAGGAUCCAACACCGUCCGAGCGUCGGCCGGAUAUGCAGGCUCAUUCACACCCACGUGGUCAGCAACGUGGCUCGCACGGACAUCUCCACUCUUUUCCCGAUAUUGAGCAAUCUGGAGGACGAUGGGACGGCACCGGUGCAGCGCGGGCUCCUACAGUAGGCCAUGCAGGAAUACGAAGGCCACUAGAUGAAGAGAGUCAAUGUUGCGCAUGGUCUUGCGGAGAAGGUCGGAUUGUGGUUGGUAUAUUUGGAAACUUGUCUUACAACCAUGCAUGCGCGGUGGAGUUGUUGGGUGUCUGGGUUUUGGAUCUGCUAUUCCUGUGCGGGCUUGAGCUAGGGGACGUUGGUACAAAGGUUAGGAGAGUCACUGAUGUCUCUAAGUCGUGACGCAGAGUGACUGUUCUGGGUCUGUCUCAAGACGACAUACAACCGCGGCAUCUCAAAAAGCAACGGAGGGUGUCGUCCGAACUCUCACGUUG